UAAAACACAAGGAACUUGAACUCUUGCAGUUGUACACUGACUGCCCAUGUGUUGCAUUUCAGGACAACAUCAAAGGACAAAAUCAGCACAUUUCAAGGCAAAGAAAUGGAAGAGAUAUUCUACAUCCUCGGCUUGGAUUGGAUCGACGUCAGGAGUGUCUUAAUAUUUUUUGGUAUUUUUCUACUUUUGGCUGAUAUUUUGAAGAACAGAGCACCGAAAAACUUUCCUCCAGGACCGUGGGCACUUCCUUUCAUCGGCGAUCUUCAUCGUAUUCAACCUACCAGACUUCAUCUGCAGUUCACAGAAUUUGCACAGAAAUAUGGAAACGUUUUCAGCCUUCGCCUCUUUGGUGGAAGGAUUGUGGUCAUCAGUGGCUACAAGUUUGUGAAAGAAGCCCUGGUCGAACGAGGAGAAGACUUUGCAGAUCGUCCUCGUAUUCCAUUGUUUGAAGCGAUGCUUCAGAAUAAUGGUCUUGUGUUGUCAAACGGUAAUCAGUGGAAGCAGCAGAGGAGAUUUGCUCUUCAUACACUCAGAAACUUUGGUCUGGGAAAGAAGACCAUGGAGAGAUACAUCCAGCAGGAGUGCCAGUACCUCACAGAGGCUUUUGCAGACCAACAAGGCAAACCAUUUAAUGCCCAGCAUCUGAUAAAUAAUGCUGUGUCCAACAUCAUCUGCUGUUUGGUGUUUGGGAAUCGAUAUGAAUACAAUGACAAGCAGUACCAGUAUAUUCUGCAGAUCAUCAAUGAAGUGAUGGAGUUACAGGGAAGUUUGUCGGCACAGAUUUACAACACAGCCCCAUCGCUGAUGAAGUGGAUUCCUGGACCUCAUAAGAAGAUAUUCAGUCUGAUACAAAAAGUAAUUGACUUUGCAGAAAUCAAGAUCAAAGAACACAAAGACACCCUUGACCCAUCAUCACCAAGAGACUACAUUGACUCCUUCCUCAUAGAAAUGGGACAGAAAGAGGACAAAGAAUCUGGGUUUGAUCUCAAAAACUUAUGUUUCUGCACAAUGGACUUGUUUGUUGCUGGAACUGAAACUACUACCACUACUUUACACUGGGGGCUGCUAUACAUGAUCCACUACCCUGACAUACAAGAGAGAGUCCAGGCUGAGAUUGAUGCUGUGAUUGGUUCGUCCAGACAGCCGUGUAUGUCUGACAGAGAAAACAUGCCCUACACUGAUGCAGUCAUCCAUGAGAUACAGAGGAUGGGCAACAUCAUCCCUCUCAAUGUGUUUCACAUGACAAACAAGGAUACUACAGUGGAUAAGUACACAAUCCCAAAGGGUACCGCAGUCCUGCCUACACUGCACUCUGUCCUCCGCGAUGAGUCAAUGUGGGAAACUCCAAACUCCUUCAACCCUCAACACUUUCUGGACCAGGAUGGUAAAUUCAGGAAGAGAGAGGCCUUCCUUCCAUUUUCUGCAGGUAAGCGUGUGUGUCUCGGUGAACAGCUGGCAAGGAUGGAGUUAUUCCUGUUCUUCACAUCCCUCCUUCAGAGGUUUUCAUUCUCUGCACCCCCUGGAGAGAAGCCCACUCUGGAGUACAAACUGGGAGGCAUUCAUUGUCCUAAACCUUACCGUCUCUGUGCCACACUACGAUAAACUGCUGAUGUAAAGACUCAGUGAUGUUUAUCAGUUUGCAUGAAACCCCUUUAUCAUUUGAUUUGCAGACACACCUCAGUCAGGCACAAAGUUGAAUUUAUUCUGUCAGUGUAUUUUCUGGUUCUAAUAUUUUACAAUGAGUAGCCCUUGAGGUGUUUCUCCUGGUAUUGAGGAUGGUAAUUCUGAGAUGUAUUUUAGUAACAUAACAUAACAGAAGUGGAAGAAGUUUGAAAGUGAGAAAAUAACCUGUAAGAACCUUGAUCAUUUAUAUUUGUAUUGAUAUUAGUGAGAUUUUUAAAAAAUACUUUUUAUGUAUACACUGUAAAACUAAAAUCAAUCAUUUUGCAAAAUGACUUAAACAUGACUUAAAUGUAUCAAAAAUAACUGCAGUUUAAUAUCUUCUCUUCAUUUAAUGAAUGAAAUCCUGAAUAUUAA